GCAAGUCGCUGCCUGUGGAUCCCUAUUCCGAAUGCCAAAGCAGGCAAAAGCCACACAUACACACGCACACGCACACACACACGCACACACAUCUCACCCUGUGAAAGGGGGAAGAAAAGGGGCAGAGAACGGAGUGAGAUUUGCCUCUCUUUUUUAUUUCUUCUGUUUUCACUCCAUUACAGUCGCGCUCUGUGUUUCAGCCCUUGCUUCAAAUGAAGAGCUUUCUUGGACUUGGAGUACCGGGCGUUAUUAGAAAAAGAAGCUGUUCUUCUACUCUGUCCCUGCUGCUGCUGCGGCGCUGCUUACUGUGAGCGCGUCCUCCCAGCGCUUUGGAAUAUACAGCGUGCUUCUAUGCACCAAACCAUGGAGAUUAUAUGACGUGGAUUUAUGUGUUUUUUUUUUUCUUUUCUUUUUUUUUUAACAAAACUGGACAUACACAAGAAGCAACAACCUUUGUUUUCAGUUCUUUUUAUUGUUUUUUUUUUCAUUACAUCUUUUUUUUUUCUUUUCCCCUUCCACUCUUCUGUUCUUUCGUUUGAUCUGUGCCUACUUUAUUAUUUCAUGCCCUUAGCUUUUCUUCCCUGUUUCAGUUUAUUUAAAUGAUUAUUUUCUCUACACUCAUUCUUGUUCUGGUCCGUUUCGGACUCGCAGAAGUGGGAUGCCUCGCGGAGAACAUUUGUAGGGGAGAAGGUUUCGCGCAGCAGCUAGCGUGAAUGAAUGAAUGAUAGUCUCCUUCUCCAUCUGAGACGUGCCAUGGAUGGGAAACUUAAUUUGUAUCCACGGAACAGAUCGGGGAAUAGCCGUCGCCUCAAAUAACUACUGUUGACAGCGAUCAGGACAAAUGUCAUAGGAUGAACACUGCUGGUGGGGUGUGUCUGUCUGUGCUGUCCUCCCUCCUGGCUGUGGCUGGGGCCCUGGCUGCUGUGUCUGCCCUCGCUGUAGCUCCUCUCUCUGCCCUGGCUGAGGCUGCCCAUGAGGCUGUCGAUAGCAUCCCCAGCAGUGGGGCAGAGGGGACCCCCUCAUCCAUCUCCUCACCAUGCUCCAGCCUUGUAGCAGGGGUGCUCUAUGGCUCUUUCUCCCUAAGGGAGCUCUUUCCCUCCAGGAGACCUGGUUGUUCCUGGUCUCUAGAAAAUCCAGAUCCCACCAAGUACUCCCUCUACCUCCGUUUCAACCGUCACCCUGUCAUCUGCCGGACACACUCCCCCAUGCUUCUUUCCUUGGACCACCAUCUGGCCAAUCAAAGCUGUCCUCUUCAUUUGCAAACAGCCACAGCCAGAGAUCAGGAAGUCAUCGAUCUCUGUGGCAGCCAAUCCAACCCAGAAAGACCUUACUCCUUCUUACAGUUUGAUAAGAACUUUGUCCAACUGUGUCUGACGAGACAUCCAGCUGCAAAUGAGCCUCAGGUAACUAAGGAAUUGUUGGAGCAGAGGCUGGUAGAGGUGUUACUUAUCAACAACGAGAACUCCAGUCAGUUCACCUGUGGUGUGCUCUGUCGAUGGUUUGAGGAGUGUUUGCGCACAGAUCAUAAUGGCAACCAGGAAGUUUCUAAUGGGGAUGGUUGCGGGAUGACCCAGACGGGCUGCAUUUGUCCAAAUCACAAUAUUAUGGCACCACCAAUUCCCUUACUCCCAGAGACACCUCACAGCUUCAGCAAUGGUUCAGUAGUUCCUGAUGACUGCUGCGUCACUGAGCUGCAUUCCAAUGAUGCAAUCGCCAUAGCACCCAGAGAUGUUCGACAAGACCCAUAUGAUGAUGAUCUGAAGGUGAAGACCCAAAGACCACGAUCAGCUGACCAGCCAGGUGUGUUUCAGGCACAAACAGGUGACCCUGCAGCAGAGGAGUGGUCACAGUGGAGUGUAUGUUCUCUCACAUGCGGACAAGGCUGGCAAGUGAGGACCCGAUCAUGUGUUUCUUCUCCCUAUGGGACACUGUGCAGUGGUGCCCUGCGGGAAACGCGCAUGUGCAACAAUACAGCUUCCUGUCCAGGGGAACCCGGAAUCAUAAGUUCAGUGCAUGGGCAGUGGGAGGAGUGGUCGUCAUGGAGUUUGUGCUCUGUGACCUGUGGGCGGGGGUCCAGGACGCGAGCCAGGAAGUGUAUGGAUGAAGGCGAGGCUAUGGCUUGCGGACGGCCCGAGAUUCAGACCAAACUCUGCAACAUAGCGGUGUGUCCCGUGGAAGGCCAGUGGUUGGAGUGGGGACCCUGGUCCAGGUGCAGCGUGACUUGUAAUAUGGGAACCCAGCAGAGGCAGAGGCGUUGUAGUUCGUCUGUGCACAGCUGGGCUGAGUGUCAGGGUCCCCAUCAGGAGAGCAGAAACUGCACCAACCCUUCAUGCAGCGGUGGAGGUAACUGGGGCAACUGGAACCACUGGAGUCUCUGCAGCAAGACCUGUGACUCCGGGUGGCAGCGGCGCUUCAGGAUGUGUGAGGGCACUGGAAUACAAGGUUAUCCCUGCGAUGGGUCGGGAGAGGAGGUCCAGUCCUGUAAUGAGAAGAAGUGCCCUGCUCCCCAUGAGAUAUGCAAAGAUGAGCAUCUCCUUUCUAUGUCAUGGAAGAGAGCCUCAGCUGGAGAAACUGUCUUCAACAAGUGUCCAAUAAAUGCCACUGGAACUGUUAGUCGUCGUUGUAUGCUGGACAAUAACGGAGUUGCUUUCUGGGGUCCUCCGAGCUUCGCCAGAUGCGUCUCACUUGAUUAUAAAAAUUUACAUAUAUCUUUACGAGAGCAUCUCGCGAAGGGUCAGAGGACCCUGGCCGGGGAGGGCAUGUCUCAGAUCGUACGGCGUCUCCUGGAACUCUUGCAGAGAAGGAGCUACUUCAGUGGCGACCUUCUCUUCUCCACGGAGAUCCUGCGAAAUGUGACGGACACCUUCAAAAGAGCAACCUACAUCCCAGCUCCCGACGACGUGCAGAAAUUCUUCCAGAUUGUCAGCCACAUGUUGGACUUAGAAAAUCUUGAAAAAUGGGAGGACAUCCAUCAGUUCGCUCCCGGUGCUGCUUUGUUGAUGAAGAUAUUAGAAGAUUUUAUUCACUUCAUUGGAGAAUCUCAGAAGCCUUUUCAGAGUUUUCUAGUGGUCACAAACAAUCUUAUGAUAACCAUACAGAGAGAGCCAGUUUCCGCAGUUUCCAGUGAUAUCAACUUCCCCAUGAAGGGCCGGAGAGGGAUGAAGGACUGGGCAAGAACAGCAGAGGAUAAGCUUUACAUCCCUAAAGAGGUCUUCACCAUCCCAGCUGAGGAGACGGAAACUGAUUCAGAAUCCACAAUACACUAUGUCAUCGGUGCAAUCUUGUACAGGACGCUGGGGAUCAUCUUACCCCCACCGAUCCCCCCUACGGUGAUAAACUCCAAGAUCCUGACAGUGACAGUUCGACCAGAACCGCAGCCCAGCGAACCCAUGGUGGUGGUGGAGCUGUCACCGCUUUUAAAUGGCACAUCAGAUCCUCAGUGCGUUGUCUGGGACUAUGGCAACCUGGAAGCUGGCGCAGAAAACUGGGGCACAGAAGGCUGCCAAACGCUCGCGUCAAACACUGUCCACACCAAAUGCCUGUGCAGCAGGAUAUCCACAUACGCAGUGUUAGCGCAGCAAGCUAAAGACCCGGACAUGGGUCCUACCAGCAUGCCCUCUGUGCCCCUCAUGGUGGGGUGUGGGGUCUCCUGCACUGCUCUGCUCAUCCUGCUGCUAAUCUACGCUGCCUUCUGGAGGUAUAUUCGAUCAGAGAGAUCAAUCAUCUUGGUGAAUUUUUGCCUCUCCAUCCUGGCCUCCAAUUUAUUGAUUUUGGUGGGACAAUCUCAAACGCUCAGCAAGGGCCUCUGUACUGUGACUGCUGCCUUCCUGCAUUUCUUCUUCUUGGCUUCCUUCUGCUGGGUGCUGACUGAGGCGUGGCAGUCCUACCUGGCCGUCAUUGGCAAAACCAGAUCACGACUCAUCCGCAAGCGUUUUCUGUGCCUCGGCUGGGGUCUUCCAGCCCUCGUAGUUGCAGUGUCUGUGGGUUUCACCAGAGCGAGAGGUUAUGGCACAGCCAGCUACUGCUGGUUAUCUUUGGAGGGCGGCCUGCUUUAUGCCUUUGUCGGUCCUGCUGCUGUUAUUGUGUUGGUGAACAUGCUCAUAGGAAUCGUGGUGUUUAACAAGCUCAUGUCUCGGGACGGCAUCUCAGACAAGUCUAAAAAGCAGCGAGCGGGUGUCCCAGUGGAGGCUCGUAGCCGACUGCUCCUGAAAUGCUCCAAGUGUGGCGUGAUCUCGAGCACAGCUAUUUCCAGCUCGACUGCCAGCAGCGCCAUGGCAUCCCUGUGGAGCUCCUGUGUGGUUCUUCCUCUGUUAGCUCUGACCUGGAUGUCAGCGGUGCUGGCCAUAACUGACCGCCGCUCCACACUCUUCCAGGUCCUCUUUGCCGUCUUUGACUCUGUCCAAGGCUUUGUCAUCAUCACCGUCCACUGCGCCAUGCGCCGAGAGGUGCAAGAUGCAGUGCGUUGUCGUAUGGGGGGAUGUAAAGAUGACAGCGAAAACUCCCCAGACUCCUGCAAGAAUGGACAGGUGCAGAUCAUGACGGAUUUUGAGAAGGAUGUGGACUUGGCUUGUCAAACAGAGAGAGGACACCCAUUCAUUUUCAAAGAGGUUAACACCUGUAAUCCAGCUACCAUCACCGGGACUCUGUCCCGAAUCUCCCUUGAUGAUGAGGACGAUCCUAAACUUGCCGCCCAUCAGGAGGGAGGGGUUGGGGUUAACUUCAGCUCUCUCCCUGGAAACAUCCCACCUCCAAAUCUCAUUGUACAGGUUCCAACCUUAGGAGGUCUGAAUGAGCUCAGUGAGACACCCUUAAAGAAGGAGGUGAAUGUGGACCAGCAAAGGCAGCAGGGGCAACAACGCAGUGCUGCUCCAAUCUACCUGUGCACUGAGAGUGGCCUAGGAUGGGCUCGACCGCCUGCUUCCUCCAAUAACUCCCAGGACGGAAGUGCAGGGAGUGGAGGAAGUGGAGGAGGUGGAGGAGGAAGUAGUGGUGGAGGGGAGGGAGACUACAUGGUCUUACCUCGUAGGACGGUCAGUCUCAAACCUCCAGCUUCCUCUUCGCAAGGAGGAGGCCUGGGACUCGGGGGCGAGGAAAAGCCUCUCAACAUCGCAGUGGAGGAUCCUCCCUUCCCUCCGCCUCCUUCUCCUCUGACCCUCCACCCGGCUGAGAGUGAGGCCUACCCAGCAGAUUUUGUACCGUCGAGUGUGGGAGACAUGAACCUCACCAUGAACCUCAACCGCUCCUACGGGACGAUCAAAACCCUGCCCCAUGGGCACGGCCACUUGAUGCCUCAGGGUGGCCUUGUGCACUCCCACGGAGGACACAUGCAUUCCCACGGGCAUUCUCUUCAACUGAAGCAGGGCCAGAGGCCAUCCGUCAGACAGAUUCUGACAGGUGGAACUACAGUGGAGAGAACCAUGACCCUGCCACGCAACCUGGGCAGCAGCAACGCCAACACCAGCCUCUCAGCAGGAUCCCUGGAGAGGAAAAGAGUACGGUACUCUGAGCUGGAUUUUGAGAAAGUGAUGCACACUCGCAAAAGACAUUCUGAGCUGUACCAUGAGCUUAACCACUCGUCCAGGUUCCACACCAUAGACAGGUAUAACAGGGACCCAGCCAUGUCCACAUUCAAGAGGGAAAAGAGAUGGAGCAUUUCGUCUGCCGGAGGUGAAAAGAACUCGUUGAGUGACAAGUCCACCCCAGAGGACCAGAGCUCCUGGGACAGCUUCAAAACCAUGGCCCCCGAGCUGUCCAUCGUGCCUGGGGAGCAGAAGGACCGACUGGAACUGCACAAUAAAAACUGGGACUCAUCCUCAGCUAACACACCCGACUCGUCCGAGGGAGACUUCCAGACUGAAGUGUGAAGAUGUGCAAACGUAUAUAAGCUCACCUGAACAAACACACAGAUGCACACAGAGAUACUGGACUCCCAAAGGGCGACACAUCAAUACUUCUUUUUUUUCUGCAAGAAUCUUACACACUCUGCUCCUCGUCUCAUGAUCCCAUACUGUAUUUGUUUACUGCUGCAGAGGACAGACAUAACAGGAAGACUGUUCUACUCUAUAUUUUCGCAAAAAACUAUUGAAAAGAAAGAACAGGGGCUGGACAAUGUCUGUGACUGAAGACAAUUUUUAAAUGAACUUAAAGAAAAAAAAAGUAUGAAAAAG